UCUCUCUCUAGUCUUCUUCUCUAUCUAGUCCAGGAGCCGGCUUAAGCAGAAGACCGAUAAACACUUCUUCUUCUUCUUCCUCCGACUUCUAAUGAUGAUUCCAGGUACUUCAGAUUCGUAAAUCAAUUACUGGAUUCCAAUUUCACAGUUUAUUUUGAUUUCAUGAGUUCAAUCUGUAAGAGGGAAUGCGAUAGAAUAAGUUCGAUUCUUUCAAUUGCUUGUCUUAUUAAUAAUAUUACCAGUUGAGUUAUUAUUAUGGUGAGAGAGCAAAGCGUUGAGUCGUUUUACUCCAGACUACGUCAAUCUGCUCUAUCUUCUUCAUCCACACCACUGUUAAUCUUCCCAUCGACUUCUGAUGUUGAUUCCCUAUGUACAUUGAAAAUUAUCGGCCGUGUUCUUGAGUCCGACUCAGUUCGCUAUGCUUGUUAUCCUGUAUCCACCUUUAAUGAAAUCCACAAAUACACAGGACCCAGUUUAUCUGAUUCUUCAGAUGACCCUAUUACUAUUCUUCUUAUAAAUUGGGGGUGUCAUCGAGAUCUUAGGAAGAUUCUAAAGUUAGCACCUUCAGCCAAAGUUUUCGUUGUUGAUAGCCACCGUCCAAUUCAUCUGCAUAAUCUCAGUAACCUAAAUGACAGAGUGAUUGUUCUCUUUACUCGAGAGGAUGAGGAACAGGCUGAUCUGGCUUACGAUAAUGAUGUACCCAUCUCAGAUCUAGCAAAUGGAAGUGAUUUGAACAGUGAUGACGAAUGUGCGGAUCCAUCAGAGAGUGAAUCUGACAGCGAUGAUGAUAGUGAAAGUGAGGAGGAAGAAUGUGAGAGGUCUGAGAAGAGGAGAAAAGUGUCGAAAAAUAAAGAAGAGGAUCCUGUCAAGCUUUUCAGGAAGCUGAAGAAGAAAUACUAUUACAUGGGGACGUUUCAUGGGAAACCUUCUGGUUGUUUAAUGUAUUCUCUAUCACAUUCAUUGAGGAAGAACACCACAGAUCUUCUAUGGCUGGCGUGUAUAUCUUUAACUGAUCAAUUCGUUCACGAAAGGCUAACAAACGAGAGAUAUGAAGCUGGAGUAAUGGAGCUCGAGCAGCACAUCAACAGCUUAGGAAAUCUGGGUGGUACCACAUCAUCAGUUACCCUCAAAGAUGGAACCAAAGUUGCAGCGCCUGAUUCAUCUAGAAUUUCAUAUGAUGACGAGCCAAAGCUCAUGUUACUACAGGAAUGGAACUUGUUCGAUUCAAUGCUGUGUUCAUCGUACAUAGCAACUAAAUUAAAGACAUGGAGUGACAAUGGGACAAAAAAGCUAAUGUUGCUUCUGGCUAGAAUGGGAUUCCCGCUUGAAGACUGUAAACAGAAGUUUCAGUACAUGAACACAGAGAUUAAAAGGAAGAUGAAGAAUGAGUUUGAUGAGUUUCUACCUGAGUAUGGGCUAACAGAUUUCUAUUACAGAGGGUUCUGUCUUCUAUAUGGUUACAGCUCGAGAAUCUCAGCAGCUGAUGUUGUUUAUGGAGUAACAGCACUUCUAGAAUCAUUUGUGGAAUCAGACGGGACAUGUGCUUCUGAACAGUUUUUGGUGGCUUACGAUUCAUUGUCUUUGAACAUGCAUCAGAAACUCGAAACUGGAAUGAAGCAUGCCAUAAAGAUACAAAGGGCGAUUCUUAGACAAGGAAGUUCUGCGAUAACCAAAAAGGGAUCUAUAAGAAGUGGUAGCAAAUUCAGGUGGGUGAAGCUCGAAGAUUCAGUAGACACUAAGCUGUUGUGUUACCCACAGGCUUUAACGAAGUUUGGUUACUUUCUGAUGGAUGCUUUACGCGAGAAAGGAGCUAGAAUGAAGCCUCUGGUGUGCGUUUGCUACUAUCACGAAGAGCGACAUAAGGUAUUGAUUGUGGGGCUAAGUGGGAAACCUCAGCUGGGAGCGAAUAAAGGAAACGGGUUUGGAAUUGCUUUCAGAAGUGCUGCUGAAGAGACUGGAGCUGACUACUUUCAUGAGCUGUUUGAAUCUUCAUGGAUAAUAUUACAAGACAUUGCUGUAAAUUCGUUUAUGAUAAGGUUAACUGAGAAACUGUGGUGAAGAAAUCCAUCCUCCUCCUCCUGUUUGUUAGUUUAUGAUCGGGUAACUCUUAGCUUCAAGCAGGCUAAGGCUUGUUUUGUUUUACUGGAAAAUUCUCAUAUUGAGAAUAAAUGUUGACUGUAUUACUGAUUGAGUUUUCUAUAUUGUUUGUCAGCUUGGACAAGCAUUUUAUUAAGUAAUAAUGUUGGCU